CUCUGCAGGGAGGGAACACUGGUGUCCGUUGAAGCUCGCGGCAGAAGCGCACAGUAAACAUUUGGAUCCUAAUUUGCUCCCACACAUAAACAUCUUCGGAACGAUAUCUUUGCUAGUGUAGUCAGCCUUGAUUGGACACUGCUUUUUUUUCCUCCUCUUGUGCUAAAUCAUAUAAUCCUUGUAAGUGAAAGCCAGGACAGAGAAGCGGAUACGCGCUUUUGGAGAGAGAGCCAAAGUUUGCCGCCCUAAGUUUGAAGCUCGGGCUUGUGGGGAUCCCGGAGCGCACGGUGCGCCCCUUAAUUAACGACCACGCCGAAGUGACUGUGAGGACGAGCUGAAGAUGAAUGACACUGGCAUAUUGUGCAAAAACAACCAAACAGACAGCUUCGCCGAUCAGUCAUGUCAGAACUCAACUCCCUCGCCUUACAGUCAGAUCGACAUCACCACUUUCAUGCACAUAUUCCCUUCCAUCUAUGGCAUCCUGUGCUCAGUUGGAGUUGUUGCCAACGGGCUGGUUAUCUACGCGGUGGCAGCGUGCAAGAAGAAAAUGGUAUCAGACAUCUACGUGCUUAACCUGGCAAUAGCAGACAUGCUCUUCUUGCUUGUGAUGCCCUUCAACAUUCACCAGCUGGUCAGAGACAGGCAGUGGGUUUUCGGAAACUUCAUGUGCAAAGCGGUCGUUGUGGUGGAUGUCAGCAACCAGUUCACCACAGUGGGGAUUGUCACUGUGUUGUGCAUUGAUCGGUACAUAGCUAUUGUCCAUCCCACCUCAGAAAAGAGGACUGUGCAGUGGACCAUCAUCAUCAAUAUGCUGGUGUGGCUGGGCAGCUUCCUCCUCACCGUUCCCGUCAUGAUGUACGCCAAGGUUGUGAGCAGGCAGCAUUUGGAGGUGUGUAUGAUGUACCUGGACGGGCCUGAAGAUAUGUACUGGUACACUCUCUAUCAGUCUAUCCUGGGCUUCAUCAUCCCCCUCAUCAUCAUCAGCACCUUCUACUCGCUCACCCUCUACCACGUGUUCAGCUCCAUACGUCGGGUCAAGCGUAAGCAGUCUGUUUGGGCUAAAAGAGCCACUAAGAUGGUCCUCAUGGUCAUCGCCCUGUUCCUGAUCUGCUGGUCGCCCUACCACGUCAUCCAGGUGAUCAACCUGAGCAACAACAAGCCAACCGUCGCUUUCGUCUAUGCCUACAACAUCAGCAUCUGCCUCAGCUACUCUCACAGCUGCAUCAAUCCACUCAUGUUGCUCAUCUUCGCCCAGAAUUACCGUGAGCGUCUGUGCCGAAAGAACGCGCUGCACAGCUCCCAGCACUCCUCCAAGGUGACGGUGGUCAAAACAGAUGGCUCCAGCACGACAAACGACCCCAACUACCGCUGCACAGUCAUCUAACUUUUUUUUUAUAUAUACACAUAUAUGUACAUGUAAAUAUAUUGCUGCUUAACACAGAAGAAAGGCGCUCGGAUGAAUGGAAUCACCUUAAACUCAUACCACCUAACGUGAUGGUUCUGAAGCAUUAGCAGCAAAAGCAACCGCAGCUGAAAAAAAACACAGGAAAGUGGAAGUAAUGUUUUUUUCUUUCUCUUUUAGUCUCAGUGUUUCCAUUAGCCUUCAUAAACUGUACUUCCAGUCUCUUGCUGGUCAGUUGCAACACUGAAGUGCAGCUUGCUGGAUAAGCGUUCACAUGCUGAGUGUGUGAAAUGAUGUGAUGUUCGGGACUCUUUCCAUGGGAGGGUGAUAGAAGGAGUCAGCUUUAUUAUGUGUUUGACGGAUAAUUUUAACACCACACAUGGUGGCAUGUUCAGUCUGAGCGUAUGUGACAGCUAUCAGCACCAUUUUCCAAGAAGGAACUAUUUAUAAGGGCUCGUGUGUUGGAACCGAUGGCUUUACUGAUGGUGAAUACAUAAUUUACAUCAUUAUUUUGCAUAUCCAUCCAUUUAUUUUCCACCACUUACAUGAGGCCUUGGUUGGCAGUCCACUCAUAUUUUAUCGUGGUUUUUCGACCAGCAGCUCAGACCUUACCAAAAAAAUAGGUCAUCAACACCUACAGUUUUUUUUUAAACAUCUACAUCAUCAGUGUGAUUUGUUUCCCCCCUGAAACACUGAGAAAAAAAUUCACAAUACAAUUUUAAGCAAUUAAAAAAUUGAAAAAAGUCAGAUAUAGCAAAAGUCAUAUAUGGCAAUUACUUCCUAUGUCAGACUAUAAGGGGUUAAUUAGGAGUAGUAAUGGGGAAAUCAAAAUAAUUUUCAUCAUGGGUAAUGUUAUAACAUUAGAGUCUUAUUUUGAUCCGUAAAUGAUUCAAUUUUCUUUAUAUAGCGCCAAAUCACGGAAACAGUUGCCUCAACGCGCUAAUCCUGAUCCCAAACCUAAACCUUACUGAGUAGUUUUGGAUGCCUAAGCCUAACCAGGGAGAAAGUGAAAGUAAAAAGCAUACGAAAAGGAGAUUAAUCAGGGGUAAAAAUAAGGGAAGACAAAAACACUCCAAACAGGACACAAAUCCAUGAGCUCAUCAUCAUCCAGCCGACCUUCUAAUUAAUAUUUCUUUAAUUUGAUCUUAAAGACAGGCAGAACUUCCCUGGUUUGAGUCCAGGCUUAUUUGGUUUGUCUCCCAGAGCAGUCGGAGGUAGGUUUCUAACACCCUGCCAACCCACAAUCAAUUUUUAAUGGUGCGAAGAGCAAGAGCAAAUUAUAUAUUCACCAUAUAGAAUGUAAAUAUUGUAAAGCAUUAGUUACAACUGCUAAAUGUACACACUUCUUAAUCGUGGGACCCAAGAAUCCAAUAUGUGAUUGUUUUAUAUUUGAAAGUAGCAGAAUAUGAAAACAUUUUAAGGCGAUUUUAGACAAACUUUAGAACAACAGCAGAGAUGAUUUUCUCAGUCACGUAAAUCCUACAGCAGCUCAGCCAGCCUGCUACAAAGUACUGUAAAUCACAAGUAUUUGUUAGGGUGUGGUUCGCGCACUAUUUAUGAAAUGUGUUUGUAAUGAAUGUAGUAUUUAAAGAGAAAGAUUUUUGUAAAAUCACGAACACAAAGUCAAAGUCUGUUUUUGUGCUACUCCCGACGCCCCCAGUGAACAGCCUGUUUGUUUUACCUUCAGAUUGCUGGUAAAUUCAGCAUAAAACACCAGUGACUGAUUUAAACCCAAAAAGUAAGACCAAGAAGUGUUGUGGUUUCCGCCUUAAUGAAUGGCUUCCCAAAUCAUCAGGCAUUCUGUGUUUUAUUUCUUUUUUUCUUUAUUUAUUGCCACACAGCUCACAAACACUGUCCUGCUUUUCCUAAAAGAAAGCCUCAAAGAAAGGCCAUGGACGCAGAAGCGGACGUCUGAAAAGUGGCACGUUUUUUUUAUCGUUUUUAGGGUUUUUUUCUUGUUGAGUGUCAGAUUUGGAGAAACGGUGUUGAUACUGUAUAUUGACUGGAGAUAGUUGAUUUAAUAUUGGUGUUCUUCUCUCCUCCCAUGUAAUGUAUAUUUGAUAUGUGCUUCAGAUUGUGCCUCUGACAUGUAAUUUUGUGAUAAGAAGUUGUUGUUUUUUUUCAUAAAGGGCUCAGAGUGAUAUUACA